AUAGAAACGUCUAUAGCAGACGUACAAUGUACUCCAUUCUAAUAAGGUUGAUACUGAGCGAUAGCGGUGAGUGCCGAAGUGUUUAUUGUCGAUGCUUUCGACACAAAGCUGUCUAGGCGCGGAGAGAUGCGCAUCUGAACCAAGAUGCUCCUGUAUCUCUCCUUGUUCCAUGGAGUGGCAAGAAUGGGGCAAUGGGGAAUCAAGCGACAGAGUGUUGGUGCAGUUUACACCUAGCAGAUCGGAGUUUAGUUUGUAUGGGUUUGUAAGUAACGUGCGGCGUGCUGAAUUGGUGGAAAUAGAUGAGAUGGAGGACGUCGGGGAGUCUCCAGAGUUGAUUGACGACAGUGAUAGCGAGAACAAAGACGAUUAUGAUAUUCAUAGUUUUUAUACAGAUAGCAGCAGCGACGAUAGUGAUGUGUCUGAAGAUAUACGCACACGUAGUCCAACACAUCGCCCUGGAAGACAAACACACAAAGCUAUGCUACUUGUUGUGACAGCAAUAGCAUGUUUGUUAUCCAUGAUCGGAAAACUGUUCAAACACGCACGACUGGGUGUUUUUUUUACCGAUAUCGGCCCACGUUUGAAGAGGUUACUGGCCACUCGCUACAAAUGAAUAGCUUUGAUACGGACUUACGCAUGAAAUUUGGCUUGUUUCUAAUACUUAAAGAAGCAAUACGACCAGUGUGUGAAAGAGAUCAGCAGAUGGGAAACUUGCGUAACGGUGCUAUUGCUAUCGAUGUACAGCUAGCGUUAACACUUCGAAUACUAUUGAGAGGUUUAGGGAUAAUAUUAUUUAUUUCAAAAAUGGCAAGUAUGUAUGACACAAUGUAUGAACAUAUGGCAUGACUCGCAUAGUCGAUGUAGUGGUUCAGGAAAGAUUGAUGGGAAGAAGUGGUCAGUAAAUUCCCGUUUAAAGAUUGGGCCAAGUGAGUCGACAAUGGAAGAUAUGUGCUGAGUCAGUUCGGGCCGGUGUUUUAGAAAAGAUCCAAGGUGUUCGUGGAGGGUCCAGAUACCGUGGAAGUCGUGGCACUCCUGUAAUUGCUGAAGGAGGUCAGGGCCAAUGGGCGGCAGUUUCGGGCCUACCAGGAUGCGUCGAAUCAGUUGUUGAAUGCAGGUAAAGUGGCUGAUAGUGAACUUGUGGCUACCGGGGAAGACAGGGCAGAGACAGCCGUCGGUGCGGUAGUCGAGCAAUGCGAACAUGUACGUAUUCGUUACAAUCAUAGCACAGAGCUGUAUUGGUGUAGACUCGAAGCAGCAAUUGAAGCUGUCGUGUCUGGCUGUGUCUCGGUUUGAGGUUGGCGGUUUACCCAUAACCAAUUGGUAGUAGUAUUGGCGCCGGGCCAUUGCCACGAUCUCCUUGUUGGACCAACGUUUUGUUGAGUUCUUCCUGAUGUCGUCACAGCGUUGGCGAAGGGCUACAUGGUCGGGUGUACGCCUGCCCGUGGUUUUGUGUACAGUUUUCAGGUGAGCAUAAAAACUGUAGCCCAGGCGGGUUGCGUCAGAGGGGUAUGUGGAUUUGUGCUGGCCAUUGAGUCGAGUUGUAUUCCCAGGAAACCUCCAAGGUAGUCCGCGAAUGGUCGCGCGGGGAGCAGGCCGCAAAAGUGAAGUAAGUUUGCUUGAUGUUUGGGAAACCGAGGGUAUUUAGUGCCCUUGAUGAUGGCUGCUGCUUGGAUGAGUGCUGAGUUAAAGCGCUCGAAUAGGAGGUCCAACGCAUCCUUCCAUAUAGGCGGAGCACAGGCAAUAAUGUUCAGCCCAUAUGUAGCCGUGGAUAGGAUGAAUGUUUUGAACAUCAUCAGUCGGUUGCGGGGGUGUUGCCAGCUGAAGCCAUGGAAGCUAUAAGCGCGGAAAGAGGCGAUACCCAGUGAAAAAGCUGCAACCAGGGAUUUCAUAUGUCUAGCGAGGUUGAUUUCUUGUACUCCGUGAGAGAGUGAGAACCCCAGAUAUUUGGAGUGUUUCGGUUCGGCAUGUGUGGGUGCCAGUUUCAGGGGAAGGUAACGUGUGUUCCAAUGUGUGUCUACAAGCGUCGGCGUGAUAAGCUCACCAUUUAUACGGAGGGUUGGCGCCGCGUGUCGCAAGUCGGUAGAUCGUACUCGGGGUUUAAUGACACCCUGUUCGAGGCCAGAUUUGCGUCCCCACGCAUCAAUGUCAUCUAAGAAGGGCCGGAGCGAAACCGAUCGAGGGGCUUGGAUCCGUAUGUCAUUGACGAAUAAAUAAGAAGGGAGGAGCUUGGGUCGAAAUUGUGCUAGCGUGACAGCUAAGAAAUCCAUGUAGAUAAUAAAGAGCUGGGGACCAUAGGGGUAACUAAAUCCUUGUUCUUAAUCAUCGCCUG